AUGUUAACCAGGAAACCUUCGGCCGCCGCUCCCGCCGCCUACCCGACCGGCCGAGGAGGGGACAACGCCGUUCGCCAGCUUCAGGCUUCCCCGGGGCUCGGUGCGGGGGCCCCCAGGAGCGGAGUGGGGACCGGCCCGCCCUCCCCCAUCGCCCUGCCGCCUCUCCGAGCCAGCAACGCUGCCACCGCAGCCCACACGAUCGGCAGUGGUAAGCACACGAUGAAUGACCACCUACACGUCGGCAGCCACGGACAGAUCCAGGUUCAGCAGCUGUUUGAGGACAACAGUAACAAGCGGACCGUGCUCACGACACAGCCGAAUGGGCUGACCACGGUGGGCAAAACGGGGCUACCAGUGGUGCCGGAGCGGCAGCUGGACAGCAUCCACCGCCGGCAGGGGAGUUCCACCUCUCUGAAGUCUCUGGAAGGCAUGGGGAAGGUGAAGGCCAGCCCCAUGACGCCCGAGCAAGCGAUGAAGCAAUACAUGCAAAAACUAACCAGCUUUGAACACCAUGAGAUUUUCAGCUACCCCGAAAUAUACUUCUUGGGUCCAAAUGCAAAGAAGCGCCAGGGCAUGACAGGCGGGCCCAACAACGGUGGCUAUGACGACGACCAGGGAUCCUAUGUGCAGGUGCCCCACGAUCACGUGGCUUACAGGUACGAGGUCCUCAAGGUCAUUGGGAAGGGGAGCUUUGGGCAGGUGGUCAAGGCCUACGACCACAAAGUCCACCAGCACGUGGCCCUGAAGAUGGUGCGGAACGAGAAGCGCUUCCACCGGCAGGCGGCCGAGGAGAUCCGCAUCCUGGAGCACCUGCGUAAGCAGGACAAGGACAACACCAUGAACGUCAUCCACAUGCUGGAGAACUUCACCUUCCGCAACCACAUCUGCAUGACCUUCGAGCUGCUCAGCAUGAACCUCUACGAGCUCAUCAAGAAGAACAAGUUCCAAGGCUUCAGUCUGCCUCUGGUCCGCAAGUUCGCCCACUCCAUCCUGCAGUGCCUGGACGCUCUGCACAAAAACAGGAUAAUUCACUGUGACUUGAAGCCCGAGAACAUUUUAUUGAAGCAGCAGGGUAGAAGCGGGAUUAAAGUGAUUGAUUUUGGCUCCAGCUGUUAUGAGCACCAGCGGGUCUACACAUACAUCCAGUCCCGUUUCUACCGGGCCCCGGAAGUGAUCCUUGGCGCCAGGUACGGGAUGCCCAUCGACAUGUGGAGCCUGGGCUGCAUCCUCGCAGAGCUCCUGACCGGUUACCCCCUCUUGCCUGGGGAGGAUGAAGGGGACCAGCUGGCCUGUAUGAUUGAACUGCUGGGCAUGCCCUCCCAGAAACUGCUGGAUGCAUCCAAACGAGCCAAAAAUUUUGUGAGCUCCAAGGGUUAUCCUCGUUACUGCACUGUCACGACUCUCUCAGACGGCUCCGUGGUUCUCAACGGUGGCCGUUCCCGGAGGGGGAAACUGAGGGGCCCACCGGAGAGCAGAGAGUGGGGGAAUGCACUGAAGGGGUGUGAUGACCCCCUCUUCCUUGACUUCUUAAAACAGUGUUUAGAAUGGGAUCCUGCAGUUCGCAUGACCCCUGGCCAGGCUUUGCGGCACCCCUGGCUGAGGCGGCGGCUGCCAAAGCCUCCGACGGGGGAGAAGCCGUCUGUGAAGAGGAUCCCUGAGAGCACUGGUGCUAUCACAUCCAUUUCCAAGUUACCUCCACCUUCCAGCUCGGCCUCCAAGCUGAGGACUAACCUGGCACAGAUGACCGAUGCCAACGGGAAUAUUCAGCAGAGGACAGUGUUGCCAAAACUGGUGAGCUGA